UUAAUUUACGGACGCAAAGCUCAGUUGCCAAAACUAUCAACUUCCAACUUCCUGAACUCGACUCCCGCGCCUAAAUUUCUUUCUCUACUGCAAAUUAACUCACGAACAAUUCUAGCAAAUUCCCAGAAUUCCAAUUAUGGCUGCUCGAUUCCUCUAAUCCCUUGAAUUUAACAACAACAACAAUAGCAACCGCACCAACAAUGUUUGCAAUUUCCGCCAUCAAUGACACAGACUCGAAGAAUGAGUGGGAGCCUCUAGCUCCUACCAAAGAAGCCCAGGAGUUCCACCUUACACAAACCUACCAUGAUGGACUCUUGAAGUUGCAAGCUAAAGACUAUAAAAAUGCACGUGAACUUCUGGAAGCUGUAGUGAAAGACCCUCUGGUAUCUACUACUCAGGUGGAGAGCACUGCAAGUGAUGACCAUCUCUUACAACUCAAGUUUUUAGCACUGAAGAACCUCGCCACUGUUUUCUUGCAACAAGGUCCUGCACAUUAUGAAAGUGCAUUACACUGUUAUCUGCAAGCAGUAGAGAUUGAUACUAAGGAUUCUGUUGUCUGGAAUCAGCUGGGCACACUGGCUUGUUCAAUGGGUUUAUUAAGUAUAUCUCGAUGGGCAUUUGAGCAAGGGCUUGUUUGCAGUCCUAACAAUUGGAAUUGCAUGGAGAAACUUUUAGAGGUGCUUAUUGCUAUUGGAGAUGAAGUUGCAAGCCUUGCCGUUGCAGAAUUGAUUUUGCGGCACUGGCCAUCUCAUGCUCGUGCUUUGCAUGUCAAGAGAACUAUUGAAGAGUCGGAGCCUGUACCGUUUGCCCCAAGAGGAAUAGAUAAACUAGAACCAGAGCAUGCCAGACUUAAAUUUGUUGACAAGAGAAAAGCAUCCAACAGUGACCUGGACAUUGACAGUGUGCCAAAAAGGUUGAAUCAGACCAUUGAAUUGCAGUUAAAAGAUCUCUCAUGGACAGCUCUUGCGGAUAUAGUCUUGGGACUCCUGUUUUCACAUGAUGGAUGUAAUUUUGAGACAGCAGGUGAGAAAUCUAAUCUGUCUAGAAAUACGAGAAUAGCAAUAAGCUUGCCAUCAAAAUUAAAAGAUGCUGAAAUGCCUACUGUCAGUUCUUCUCAAAUCAUCUCAAAUGGAGAGUGUAAGACAAGAGAGGAAAGUAUUACCGAUAGAAAGGAAGUGCAUUAUUCUGAAGAACAAAUACAUGAAAGGCGAAGCAUUCGUCUGGUAAGCCUUAGGAGUCAAAAAACAGGAAAGGAAGAUGCAGAGUUUCCUGGGAGUAAAGACAUGGAGAAAGUUGUGAUUCAUUCUCUACAACCUUUUAUCAUAAGUGGACAGCAGAUUAGGGAUUUGGAUUAUUCGUCAAGUCAUUCUCUGGACAAUGAAUGGCAAGAUGUACACAGUUUUGUAAUGCAAACUUCAAAAAACUACGGGGCUUAUCACUUGGGACAUCUGCUUUUGGAAGAGGUUGCAAAAAGAAAGCCUGUUUAUCAUGAUACAUUUAUGAAGUUUUUAGAAUUGGAAAAAUUGACUAGGCUCUGGGGCUGUGAUAGAACGCCUGAAUGCAGUCUCUUUCUUGCUGAGUUAUAUCAUGAUCUGGGAUCAUGUUCUCCCAGUUCAUCUAGAACGGAUGAGUUUAUGCACGAGGCAUCCUUCCAUCUCUCAAAAAUUAUAGAGUCAGUUGCUAUUGAAUGGCCUAUGGAUUCAGGUGUAAACUGGGAUAAUGGUUGCUCUAAGGUUGGCGAGUCUGAAGAUGGCAGUCAAAGUUCUUCUGUCUUCCGUCAACGGCAAAAAGAAUCACUGCAUGCACACAUUUUAACAGAGAAAAGUUCCUUUUGGGUGCGAUUUUAUUGGUUAAGCGGUCUUGUGUCGAUUUCGGAGGGUAAUAGAUUGAGGGCUCAUGAAGAGUUGUCAGUUUCUUUAUCCCUUUUGGAAAACAACAGAAAUUUGAAUGAUAUACCUGGGACUGUCCAAGUGCCUCACUGCAAGGCUAACAAAGAGUUGACUACUAAUAAGAUUAUGCAUGAGAUUAAUCUGCUAGAGGUUGAGUUUCUGUUGAAGAAUGAUGUUUCUGAAAUGCUCGAGAAAGAAAUGUAUGUGGAAUGCAUAGACUUGCUCUCUCCACUUUUGCUGUCCACAAAAGGUGUUACUGCGGAUGUAGCGCCAGCAGCUGAUGAAUCCACUGUUGAACUGUCAGCAUUAGACAUUUUGAUCAAAGCUUGUGAAAAGGUAAACCCACUGAAUUUGGAGGUUUACCUGAACUGUCAGAAACGCAAACUCCAAAUACUCAUGGUUGCAGCUGGGAUGGAAGAUUCUGUUGCCUCAUGUGAGCUAUCUUGUGAGAAGACGGCUCGAAAAGUAAUGUCUUCUUGUGGAACAGAAUUAAAAGACACUUCAGUAGAUAACUAUUUUGAUUCAAUUGCAGAGCAAGUCAAAGCAAUUUCAGAAUGUGCAUCUCGGGUGAAGAAAUUUAUUGAUCAACACAACGGUCUGAAGGAAAUCAACAUCCCUAGAAACAGUAUUGCUGAUAUUCAGGCUUUAUUGCUGGCACUCAUGUGCAACAUUGCAAGAAUGUGCUUUUGCAAGAAACCUUCUGAUGUCUCGAGUCCGGAUCAGAAUGAAGAGAAACAAAAAUGUUUCUUCGUCAAUGCAGUAAUUGCAUUCUGCAAGCUUCAACACCUGGAUCUGUCAAUUCCUAUUAAAACUCAAGUUGAUUUAAUUGGAGCAAUUCAUAAUGUGCUUGCGGAGUAUGGUUUGUGUUGCGUUGGCGAAGAUGGUGAAGGGGUGGACGGAACAUUUCUUAAACUUGCUAUAAAACAUUUGUUGGCUAUGAAACUCAAGUCUAGUCAUCAUUCUUUGAGCAUGGAAUCCAAUGGAUUUGAUGCCGAUGCCAAGACACCUGCUGAUGGGCUAAGUAAGGGAAAUGGUCCAGCUGCAGAAAUCUUUAACGAAUCUGAUGAAUUGGUAGUUCCUGAUAGUUAUUCCUCUGUUGAAAGCGAGCAGGGUAAAGGCAUAGAAGAUAUCUCCAUAAAUAAGUUGAGCAAUGAGGAAGAACUAGACAAGCAGGAUUCUCCUGCUGGAUCUGAACUUUCUGAAGAUGAAAGAGAAGAACUUGAAUCAGCAGUUGAUACUGCCUUGAAUCAGUGCUUUUUUUGUCUGUAUGGUCUAAAUCUCCAUUCUGAUUCAUCCUUUGAGGAUGAUUUGGCUGUGCAUAGAAACACUAGUCAGGCAGAUUAUCAGUCCAAAGAGCAGUGUGCUGAUGUGUUCAAAUACAUACUGCCAUAUGCGAAGGCGUCAACUAAAACGGGGCUGCUCAAGCUCCGAAGAGUGUUGAGAGCCAUACGUAAGCAUUUUCCACAACCACCAGAUGAUGUUCUUGCUGGAAAUCCUAUUGAUAAAUAUUUAGAUGAUCCAAAUCUAUGUGAAGAUAAACUCUCAGAAGAGGCAGGAUCUGAUGGAUUUCUUGAAUCAGUAGUCAAAGACAUGUUUUCUGAUACAGGAAUCCUCAACCAGAAAAAGAUUUUAGCAGGGAGCUGUGAGCCUUAUAUGGAGGUUUAUAGCGACCUAUAUUAUCUUUUGGCCCAGUCUGAGGAAACAAGUGCUACUGAUAAAUGGCCUGGCUUUGUUCUCACGAAGGAAGGGGAGGACUACGUUCAGCAGAAUGCAAAUGUUUCCAAAUAUGAUUUAUUGUUUAAUCCUUUGCGCUUUGAGAGUUGGCAGCGUCUUGCCAAUGUUUAUGAUGAGGAGGUAGACUUGUUACUUAAUGAUGGGAGCAAGAAUAUAGGUGUAACUGCAUGGAAAAAGAAUGCUUCAUUGCCUCAAAGAGUGGAGACAAGUAGGAGAAGGAGCCGACGGUGCCUAUUAAUGAGCCUGGCUUUAGCUAAGACUUCAGAACAACAGGCUGAAAUACAUGAGAUGUUGGCACUGGUUUACUAUGACGGUGUUCAGAAUGUGGUACCAUUCUAUGAUCAAAGAUUAGUUGCUCCAAAUAAAAAUGCAAUUUGGAUGGUGUUUUGCAAAAAUGCAAAGAAACAUUUUGAGAAGGCGUUUUCCCACAGACAGGAUUGGUCACAUGCGUUUUAUUUGGGGAAACUUUGUCAAAAGUUGGGAUGUCCCCCAGAGAUAUUGUUCUCUUAUUAUGACAAAGCUAUCGUCAUAAACCCAUCAGCAGUUGAUGCGGUUUAUAGGAUGCAUGCUUCUCGUUUGAAGUUACUCUAUACAUGUCAGAAGACGAUUGUAGAAGCUCUUAAGGUUUCUGCUGCUUAUUCCUUCAAUCAGAUUACCAAAGAGACGGUCAUGAAAAUCCUUGACAAUUUGGAAAUGCCACAGUUGCCAGAAGUUGAUAGGAAGGAUAAUAUUCUAUCUGAUCUUGAUAGCCCAAACGACAAGAGAAUUCACCGAUUGGACGUAGCGUGGCGCUUGCUGUAUUGUGAUUGCCUUUCUGCUCUUGAAACUUGUGUGGAGGGGGAUCUAAAACAUUUUCACAAAGCUAGAUACAUGCUUGCUCAAGGUCUUUACAAAAGAGGUGAUAUUGGCGAUCUUCAGAAGGCAAAGGAUGAGAUGUCUUUCUGCUUCAAGUCAUCACGCUCUUCAUUUACAAUUAACAUGUGGGAAAUUGAUAGUUCAGCAAAAAAGGGAAGACGAAAGGCACCUGCUGUAGCUGGGAGCAAAAAGGCCCUUGAAGUUAAUUUGCCAGAAAGUUCUAGAAAAUAUAUAACUUGCAUAAGGAAGUACUUGCUAUUUUAUCUGAAACUCCUGGAGGAGACUGGCGACCUUUGCACCCUUGAUCGGGCGUAUAUUUCUAUCCGAGCAGAUAAGCGGUUCUCAUUAUGUUUGGAAGAUCUGGUUCCUGUUGCUCUUGGGAGGUUCUUAAAGACACUUAUCUCAUCCAUGUCUUCAGCUGGUAAUGCCGCUUCUACUGCUGCAAGAAGCUCUCCUGAACAGAUACUUGAGAAGAUGUUUACUCUGUUCAUGGAGCAGGCUAGCCUGUGGCCAGAUAUUUGCAGUUCGGCAGAUAUUAAGUGCCCGGAGUUAUCAGAAAGUACAUUAUAUGGUUAUCUACAUCAAUAUCUAUAUUCCUUGGAGAAAGAUGUCAAGCUUGAAGCCCUUGAAGGCUUAAAUGAGAAGAUACGGAAACGUUGCAGAAACCCAAAACUGUCGAAUACCAGUUGUUCUGGGGUUUUCAAGCAUGCCUCUAUUGCCUGGUGCAGAUCUCUUGUUAUAAAUCUAGUUAUGAUCACACCAUUACUCUCUAGUGCCUGUGGUGAGGCAACUGCUGAUUUAGACGAGCAGCUUUUGUGUCUAGAUUUGCGAACCAAUGAUUUCUGGAAUCCUUCAUUUGGAAAUUCAGCACACCUUGAAAUUCUUGAAACCAAAUGGAAUACAUUAUUGUCAAAAGUUGAGCAUGUUGUAGUCAAGAAAACUUCUGAGGGAAAUCUGGAAACUGCAAAUUCUCUUCUGAGAUCAACUUACAGCUUCUAUCGUGAUAGUUCAUCGAUAGUGCUCCUAUCUGGCUUCAAUCUCUUCUGGGUUCCAGCUCGACUGAUCACAACCGGGAAGUUUCACAGUAGCGCAGAUGGAGUUCAAAUUAUUGAUGUGAGUGUACCUCGGAAACUUCUAAUGUGGGCCUACACACUAUUGCACGGGCGCUGCCCAAGUCUCUCUGCUGUUGUUAAGUACUGCGAAGAAAAUGUCAAGACAAAAAGCAAAAAAUCAAGCUCUGCGUUAUCCUCGGCUUCCACACCCAGCAUGCCAAAUGCUCCAACUCCUCAGUCAGUAGUUAUUGGUAGCUGUAAAGAUGGAGCGACAGGUCACGGUGGAUGCAAUGAAGGUGCAGGAAAUGCUCCAUUAACUGGAACACAGUCUCCUGUUUUGACUGAAACAAGCAAAAGUCCAGGAUCAAACGCUUCCCCUUGUGUAAAUGACAGCCAAAAGAUUCUAUCCACAGCUCAACAACUGCACCAUUGUAAUAAUAGUAAUAAUACCAUUGUCGUCCCAGAAAGAAGAACUUUUGAUCUUAAUAGUGAUGCUGAUGCCGAACCAGAAAGAAAUUGAAUAUUUUGACAUGAUCACACUGGCCCUUUUGUGUUUAUUUACAUAAAUUAUAUAUUGGGUGAAAGAUUGUUGUUUUUUCCCGUUAUAUUGUAUAUAUGAUAGUCUCUCCAUUUUGGAUA